AUGUCGGCCACCAGCAUCCACAUCUCGGCCCUGGACGGCAUCGUGAACGUCAACUCCCUCUUCACCCUCGCGGUCUUCAUCGGGCUGGCCUGGAACCCGACCGACCCGAGCAACAGCCUCAUCGACCCGGCAGCGGGCUGCUACGCCAGCCCGAAGAUCGCCGAGGAUCUGGUGGCCUUCCACGUCUACUCCUUCAGCUGCUUCCUCUUCUCCAGCCUCGUCGCGCUUGGCCUCAAGCAGGCCACCCGCCUCGUCCGCCCUGGGCCCCACCACCGCCACAACGACGAGCAACGCCAUUUCUGGGACUUCGAUCUCGCCCGGGUCAACAAGACCGCGCUCCGGGUCGGGUACGUCGUCUCCGCUGUCGGGUCGGUCGCCGGGUCGGUCUUCCUGAUGCUGGCGCUGGUCAACGUGGUGCAGAUCAAGCUCGGGGUCCUCGGAUGCGGCGACGGCGGCGGCGGACACGCCUACGCCGCGGUGGUGCCGCUCGUGACGUUCGUGCCGGCGGGUCUGCUGAUCUAUGUCUGUUUCGUGUUCUAUAACAAAAAAAAAAAAAAAAAAAAAAAAAGCCAUUACUUGAUUACAAGAGGACCAAUCUUUCUAAAGCUAGAGUGA